UACUACUUUUCAUUUUGAAGAUUACUUCUGGCCAUUCUACUUUCACUUUAUAGAGUUCGUCUAUUGUUCUGACUUAAAUGUCACUUUAAACAGACAAAAUGACCCUGAAAUACUCAAUAGAACCUGGUGGCUACUGUAAACCAUAUAGCCGAACAAAGCUCUUCAAAGAAAUAUUUGAAUUUGGAACAUGUGGUGAAAUUCAUGCAGUAUGGUUGAGUGCUGCACAUUUGUUUGUUACAUUACAUGAAGGCAAGCAACUCUACACAUUUGACUGCAAAACAGUGGAGAAUAUUCAGGAUUCAGAGUUUUCAGGAUGUUUAGAUAUUUCUGAUGAAUGCCCAAUUCAACAAGUUUUAUUAAAGUCACCACAGACAGCUAUUAUAAUUUUCCAAAAUGGUGUGACACAGUUUUGGAAUUAUAAAGCAGAUCUUGUAUGGAAACAGCAAACUACACAUCGGUUGUGUCAAGGUAACCUAGCAACUGUAGUUGACGUCUGCUACAAUGUAUCCCAGAAUGCCUUGUAUUGGUGUCAGAGGCAAGAAUCUGAAAUUGAUGGAAAAAUAACAUACUCUAUUUACAAAAGAGUGAUUAUUGAAGGUGACCCAGAAGUAAAGUCAGAAAUAAUGAAGCUCGGACCGGCUUCUCCCAUCAUCAAGGGCUGCAUGAAGUGUACAGUAUACCCUGCAGAGCAUGGUGCUGUCUUUGUGUCCGAGUCUGAUGCAACACAAUCAUUGUUUGUUGUUAAGGUGUCUACAACAACAGGUCAGGUGGAUAUUUUAGUGGAACAAGACUGGAUAAAUGUGAGAGAUGUGAAUGUUCACACUCCAGUGCAGUUCAGUAAAAUAGUCAUGAAAAGUUUACAGCAUUUAAAUAAAAUGAAGAGCUUGUCUAUUAAGAAAACCUUAUACAUACCUCAAACGCAGACCCUUCAUAUGUUGUUCAGUUCUGGAAAAAUGCGUUCUGUGAUACUAUCUUUAGGAAUUAUUGCUGCUGAGUUUAACUAA